AGAACCACCUUCAAUACAGUCCUAAGAACUGUAAGCAAAUGGCAUGGACAGGUGUUGCAGUCCUCUCUUACUGUCAGAAAACAUGAUGUAAAAGAAAAUUCCAUGUACCUGGAGGUUUUCUCAUCAUUCAGUACUGCAAAAGAUACCAAGACCAUGUUUCAGUCAGGACAUCGUAGAGGGCGGAGCCUCUGUGAAGAAUUGACACUUGAGGAAACAGAAAAGGGGGUAUUAGUUGUCUCAGGAAUCAAUGACUGCUCAGCCAACCAGAGGCUACAAAAAGGGGAUGAAAUUGUGGGUGCCACAAUCCACUUUGACGAACUUUCAAAAGCUGAUGUGCUAAAAUUGUUGAAGCUCAUUGAACCUUUUGAUCAGAAGGUUGAAUUAUUAUCAAAGAAAACUAAAAGGCCCAGUAAGAGCUUGGGGACCUUGGACAGAUGUGUCAAAGCCCCAGAGGAGAUGCUGAAGGAUUCAUACAAUAGACUCUACCAUGACAAGAUUAAGAAGUUUAUAAAGGAUAACACGUCUGUAGGUGCUGCGGAAGGCUCUAUUAACAGAGAGUUUAAGCCUAGACUCAAAGAUGACAUUGAAUCUUCCAUACAGGGCAUGGACACAAACACGACAAGAGUAGAUGCUCCUAACUUCAUACACUCUCCAGUCAUUUUGAAUGAUCCCAGAGAAGAGAAUUCAUUGCACGUUGAGAGACCAGAUAUGGAUAUCAAAACAUAUGUAAAUCCACCAAACAUUGACACUCCAUCAACUGAUUUGAAGAUGCCAGGCCUUGAGCAAACUCACAUUAGCAAUGGUCUAGAUGUUUCUUUGCCCAAAGCUGACCUCACAGUGCCUGUCUUAGACCUUACUGCGCAAAAAGACAAAGGUUGUAAUCCAGAGGAGAGUAAUAUCACUAUCCCUGCUUUAGAUAUGUAUUCUCCAAAACUUGAUACUGAAGGAACAGACAAGAAAUUUAAGAUUCCCAACUUCAAGAUGCAAGACUUUGGGCUCUCUGAACCCAACAUAAAAAGGCCAGGUUGUAAAAUUAUGACAUCAGAUUUAAGUCUCCCAAGUGUCAUGGCACAAGGGGAUGACCUCACAAAAUCUAAACUAGACUUCAAUGCACCAUAUGUUAGCAUGCAAAUCCCCAAAAGUAACCUAACAGUCCAGGCCUACAAGAAAAAUCCUGACUUAAACGUGGAUGAUCCCUCUGGUUAUUUAAAGGUAGCAAAAGUUAGACUAUCUGCCAGAGAGCCAAAAGGUAUAGACAAUGACACCGUUCUAAAAACUCCAGACAUUAUCAAAUCUCCUCUGAUUGAUAUUCAUGACCCAAGAUUGUUGAAUGCAGAUUUACCAUCGGUAGACGCAAUACUUCUCCAGACUCCAGAUAUUACUUCAGGAAUAUUUGGAAUACAAUCGAAUAAGAAACCACAAAUAGACCUUAUAUCUCCAGAUGUACUACAUGAUGGCCCUUUUGAACUUGACUUAUCUGGCAAAUUGCAAAAAAAAUCUGAUCUGGACAUUGAUGUCAAUACCUUAACCCCUAAAGCUCCUCAGAUAAAAGGUGGGAUUUAUCUUUCAAAUACAAGUUUAACCAAAGUUGACACCAAAGUCUCUAAGUUGGAUAUGAAUACUCCAGAUGUUGACCUGAAUUACCCUUCUGGAAAUUGUACACAAAUGCCAAACAUUAAGGUGCCUAAAUGUGGCCUGUCAAACCCCCAAGGACUAGAACACAAUAAUGUUGGAAACCUAGCAGAACCUACCAUAACUUUUUUAUCUCCAAAAGUUGAAAAAGAAAUGUCAAGUCCAAACUUCGACAUAGCUACGAUGGACCUUACAUGUCCUAUCAUUGAUGAUAGCCCAUCUGGAAAAUUCAAGAUGCUGGACAGUUUUAAAAUGUCAGAUAUUAGCCUAUUUGGUACAAAGGUUACGGAUCCUGAUUCUGAGUUUAUUCCAGAUUUUGAUCUGUCAGCCCCCCAGCAAAAAGGAGAAAUUAAUCCCUUGGAUUUGAAUGCGUCUGAUUACCUUAAAGGGACCGAGAUAGACCUUACUGCUUCAGAUUUAAAUAUCAAUAUGCCUUCUGUCAGUUUCCCAACCUUUAAUAAACCUGACAGUAAAGCGAGUGAUUCUGGUAUCAAAGCUAAUACUCCAAGUAAAUUCAGAAUGCCUAAACUAUUUGGUACACUGUCCAAAAAAACACCAGAGUUAAGUCUCAAAGCUCCAACUAUGAAAAGUGGGAAUGAUGUACCAGACUUACCAAAAGCUAACCUCAAAAAACUUGAUUCAGGUACAAACACUUCAAACAUAGACACUGAUCCUCUCAAGGGUACAUUGAAUUUUCCCAAACUGAGAAUGCCCAAUUUUGAGCUCCCAGGGCAAAAAAGACCGAGAAAUGUUGACAUUACUGGACAUGAUGUUGGACCAAACUUGAUGAAAGGACCACAUAUUGACACUUAUAGAGGCAUAGGGAGUUCAGAUGCAGAUACUAAAAAACCCAGAGUCAACCUUAAAGGUCCCAAAAUGGGCCUGCAACUGCCAGAUGUUGAUUUGGGAAGCCCAUUAAGCAAACUCCAGAAGCCUGAUUUAAAAGUUGAUAUAGGUGUAAAAACACCCAAUUUAAGCCUCAAAGAACCUUAUCUGAACGGUGGUAUUGAUGUUUCUGACUUGGAUUUACCAAACGUAGAUGUGAAAGGACCUCAAUUAGAUCUUAAGACUCAAAAUGUGGACAUGGGUUCACCUCAGACAACAUUUAAUACACCAAAACUGAAAAUGCCCAAAUUUGGGAUCUCAGGUCUUAAAAGGCCAAAUGUGGACAUUGAUGGAGAUCUAAAUGCACCUGCCCUUAACUUUCCGGAUCUUCACCUCUCAGAUCCAAAGCUCAAAGGCAAAAUAAAUCCCCCAGAUCUGAAACUGGCAACAGCUAAUCUGAAAGGCCCCAAACUGGAUGUAAAUUCCCCAAAUAUGAACUUAAAAAUGCCCUCUGGUAAACUCAAUUUACCAACCUUGAAGAAGCCUAAAGCUGAGCUCACUGCUUUAGAUUUUGACGUUGAUCCCCACUCUGGAAAGCUAAAAAUGCCUUCAUUUGGUUUCUCAGGAAAACAGCCAAAAAGACCAGAUAUGGACAUAGAUACAGGUGUGAAAACACCCAAUUUAAGUCUCAAAGCCCCUCAUAUGAAAGGUGGUAUUGAUGUCUCUGACUUGGAUUUACCAAAUAUAGAUGUGAAAGCACCUCAAUUAGAUCUUAACACUCCAAAUGUAGACAUUGGUUCACCUCAGACGAAAUUCAAAAUACCCAAACUGAAAAUGCCAACAUUUGGGAAAUCAGGUCUUAAUGGGCCAUGUGUGGACAUAGAUGGAGAUCUAAAUGCACCAGCCUUUAACAUUCCUGAUCUUCACCUCUCAGAUCCAAAGCUCAAAUGCAGAAUAAACCCCCCAGAUCUGAAACUGGCAACAGCUAAUCUGAAAGGCCCCAAAUUGGAUGUCAAUGCCCCAAAUAUGAACUUAAUAAUGCCCUCUGGUAAACUCAAUUUACCAACCUUGAAGAAGCCUAAAGUGGAGCUCACUGCUUUAGAUUUUGACGUUGAUCCCCCCUCUGGAAAGCUAAAAAUGCCUUCAUUUGGUUUCUCAGGAAAACAGCCAAAAAGACCAGAUAUGGACAUAGAUACAGGUGUGAAAACACCCAAUUUAAGUCUCAAAGCCCCUCAUAUGAAAGGUGGUAUUGAUGUCUCUGACUUGGAUUUACCAAACAUAGAUGUCAAAGCACCUCAAUUAGAUUUUAACACUCCAAAUGUAGACAUUGGUUCACCUCAGACGAAAUUCAAAAUACCCAAACUGAAAAUGCCAAAAUUUGGGAUAUCAGGUCUUAAAGGGCCAAGUGUGGACAUAGAUGGAGAUCUAAAUGCACCUGCCUUUAACAUUCCUGAUCUUCACCUCUCAGAUCCAAAGCUCAAAGGCAGAAUAAACCCCCCAGAUCUGAAACUGGCAACAGCUAAUCUGAAAGGCCCCAAACUGGAUGUCAAUGCCCCAAAUAUUAACUUAAAAAUGCCCUCUGGUAAACUUAAUGUACCAACCUUGAAGAAGCCUAAAGCGGAGCUCAGUGCUUUAGAUUUUGAUGUUGAUCCCCCCUCUGGAAAGCUAAAAAUGCCUUCAUUUGGUUUCUCAGGAAAACAGCCAAAAAUACCAAAUAUGGACAUAGAUACAGGUCUGAAAACACCCAAUUUAAGUCUCAAAGCCCCUCAUAUGAAAGGUGGUAUUGAUGUCUCUGACUUGGAUUUACCAAACAUAGAUGUGAAAGCACCUCAAUUAGAUCUUAACACUCCAAAUGUAGACAUUGGUUCACCUCAGACAAAAUUCAAAAUACCCAAACUGAAAAUGCCCAAAUUUGGGAUCUCAGGUCUUAAAGGGCCAUGUGUGGACAUAGAUGGAGAUCUAAAUGCACCUGCCUUUAACAUUCCUGACCUUCACCUCUCAGAUCCAAAGCUCAAAGGCAGAAUAAACCCCCCAGAUCUGAAACUGGCAACAGCUAAUCUGAAAGGCCCCAAACUGGAUGUCAAUGCCCCAAAUAUGAACUUAAAAAUGCCCUCUGGUAAACUUAAUGUACCAACCUUGAAGAAGCCUAAAGCGGAGCUCAGUGCUUUAGAUUUUGAUGUUGAUCCCCCCUCUGGAAAGCUAAAAAUGCCUUCAUUUGGUUUCUCAGGAAAACAGCCAAAAAGACCAGAUAUGGACAUAGAUACAGGUGUGAAAACACCCAAUUUAAGUCUCAAAGCCCCUCAUAUGAAAGGUGGUAUUGAUGUCUCUGACUUGGAUUUACCAAACAUAGAUGUCAAAGCACCUCAAUUAGAUUUUAACACUCCAAAUGUAGACAUUGGUUCACCUCAGACGAAAUUCAAAAUACCCAAACUGAAAAUGCCAAAAUUUGGGAUAUCAGGUCUUAAAGGGCCAAGUGUGGACAUAGAUGGAGAUCUAAAUGCACCUGCCUUUAACAUUCCUGAUCUUCACCUCUCAGAUCCCAAGCUCAAAGGCAGAAUAAACCCCCCAGAUCUGAAACUGGCAACAGCUAAUCUGAAAGGCCCCAAACUGGAUGUCAAUGCCCCAAAUAUGAACUUAAAAAUGCCCUCUGGUAAACUUAAUGUACCAACCUUGAAGAAGCCUAAAGCGGAGCUCAGUGCUUUAGAUUUUGAUGUUGAUCCCCCCUCUGGAAAGCUAAAAAUGCCUUCAUUUGGUUUCUCAGGAAAACAGCCAAAAAUACCAAAUAUGGACAUAGAUACAGGUCUGAAAACACCCAAUUUAAGUCUCAAAGCCCCUCAUAUGAAAGGUGGUAUUGAUGUCUCUGACUUGGAUUUACCAAACAUAGAUGUGAAAGCACCUCAAUUAGAUCUUAACACUCCAAAUGUAGACAUUGGUUCACCUCAGACAAAAUUCAAAAUACCCAAACUGAAAAUGCCCAAAUUUGGGAUCUCAGGUCUUAAAGGGCCAUGUGUGGACAUAGAUGGAGAUCUAAAUGCACCUGCCUUUAACAUUCCUGACCUUCACCUCUCAGAUCCAAAGCUCAAAGGCAGAAUAAACCCCCCAGAUCUGAAACUGGCAACAGCUAAUCUGAAAGGCCCCAAACUGGAUGUCAAUGCCCCAAAUAUGAACUUAAAAAUGCCCUCUGGUAAACUUAAUGUACCAACCUUGAAGAAGCCUAAAGCGGAGCUCAGUGCUUUAGAUUUUGAUGUUGAUCCCCCCUCUGGAAAGCUAAAAAUGCCUUCAUUUGGUUUCUCAGGAAAACAGCCAAAAAUACCAAAUAUGGACAUAGAUACAGGUCUGAAAACACCCAAUUUAAGUCUCAAAGCCCCUCAUAUGAAAGGUGGUAUUGAUGUCUCUGACUUGGAUUUACCAAACAUAGAUGUGAAAGCACCUCAAUUAGAUCUUAACACUCCAAAUGUAGACAUUGGUUCACCUCAGACAAAAUUCAAAAUACCCAAACUGAAAAUGCCCAAAUUUGGGAUCUCAGGUCUUAAAGGGCCAUGUGUGGACAUAGAUGGAGAUCUAAAUGCACCUGCCUUUAACAUUCCUGACCUUCACCUCUCAGAUCCAAAGCUCAAAGGCAGAAUAAACCCCCCAGAUCUGAAACUGGCAACAGCUAAUCUGAAAGGCCCCAAACUGGAUGUCAAUGCCCCAAAUAUGAACUUAAAAAUGCCCUCUGGUAAACUUAAUGUACCAACCUUGAAGAAGCCUAAAGCGGAGCUCAGUGCUUUAGAUUUUGAUGUUGAUCCCCCCUCUGGAAAGCUAAAAAUGCCUUCAUUUGGUUUCUCAGGAAAACAGCCAAAAAUACCAAAUAUGGACAUAGAUACAGGUCUGAAAACACCCAAUUUAAGUCUCAAAGCCCCUCAUAUGAAAGGUGGUAUUGAUGUCUCUGACUUGGAUUUACCAAACAUAGAUGUGAAAGCACCUCAAUUAGAUCUUAACACUCCAAAUGUAGACAUUGGUUCACCUCAGACAAAAUUCAAAAUACCCAAACUGAAAAUGCCCAAAUUUGGGAUCUCAGGUCUUAAAGGGCCAUGUGUGGACAUAGAUGGAGAUCUAAAUGCACCUGCCUUUAACAUUCCUGACCUUCACCUCUCAGAUCCAAAGCUCAAAGGCAGAAUAAACCCCCCAGAUCUGAAACUGGCAACAGCUAAUCUGAAAGGCCCCAAACUGGAUGUCAAUGCCCCAAAUAUGAACUUAAAAAUGCCCUCUGGUAAACUUAAUGUACCAACCUUGAAGAAGCCUAAAGCGGAGCUCAGUGCUUUAGAUUUUGAUGUUGAUCCCCCCUCUGGAAAGCUAAAAAUGCCUUCAUUUGGUUUCUCAGGAAAACAGCCAAAAAUACCAAAUAUGGACAUAGAUACAGGUCUGAAAACACCCAAUUUAAGUCUCAAAGCCCCUCAUAUGAAAGGUGGUAUUGAUGUCUCUGACUUGGAUUUACCAAACAUAGAUGUGAAAGCACCUCAAUUAGAUCUUAACACUCCAAAUGUAGACAUUGGUUCACCUCAGACAAAAUUCAAAAUACUCAAACUGAAAAUGCCCAAAUUUGGGAUCUCAGGUCUUAAAGGGCCAUGUGUGGACAUAAAUGGAGAUCUAAAUGCACCUGCCUUUAACAUUCCUGACCUUCACCUCUCAGAUCCAAAGCUCAAAGGCAGAAUAAACCCCCCAGAUCUGAAACUGGCAACAGCUAAUCUGAAAGGCCCCAAACUGGAUGUCAACACCCCAAAUAUGAACUUUGGAGGUCUGGACCUCACAAGGGCUGGAUCAGAUGUUGACUUUGGCACAGUAAUGACCAGACGUUCACCAGACAUGAAUAUUUCUCUACUGAAAGUUAAACUAGAUAUUAAAGACGUUAAAGACAACUUAGCUAGAACAAAACUGAGUCCCCCAAGUACCUCUUUUGUGGACAACGGCGCAGAUCUAAGACUUGCAAAUCUCAACGCUGCUUCAAACCCUAAAAUGUAUACUCCAAAGAGUUAUGAAAAUGAGCUAGUGAAUUUGGGCGACAAUGUUGACUCUCAGAGCCAUGAAUCUCACAAGGAAGCGCCAGUUAAUGAAAUUGAUCAGACUAAAAGGAGAAGAUCAAAAAUGCGAAUUCCCCAAAAAUCUGAAUAUGAAAAAUCAAUGUUAAAUUUAACAAAUGAGGACAAGAGUCCUGCAGAUUUUGAAGGAUAUUACGUCACAGUUUUCCCUAAGCAAAUAAAAGUAAAUGUUAGAGGACAGACUGGUGUAGCAGGUAGUAAAGCAUCAAACCAAAGAUCACACACACACGGAGGGCUUGAUUUUAGUGCGUCAAGUCUAGACCUUGAAGUUCCUGAACAGAAUGACUUGAAAGGAUCAACAUUCUGGUUUUCAAAGCUUAUUUAAGGUAAGCAUUCAAUUUGAGGUUAAAUGCGGUAAAAAGACGUUUACAUGUAAAAUAACAAAAAUGUCUAGGCAGAACCUGCUUUUCUUUGUUGUUUUUUUAUGUUUGUUGUGAAUAUGUAGACUAUUUGAACUUGUGGUGGUUGUUGGUGCAAAGCACAUGAAAGUUACAUGGAAGUCCUUGGAAAAAAGCAAAAUUAUAUCAGUUAGAUUUACAUACUUGUUUUAUUUUAGGAUUUAAAAACAUUAAUUGAUUAUGCAUAAACUGCCAUUCUGAGAGAAGACUGUGACAGUAAUACUAACAUUGGCAUACUUGCACUUUCCUGUGAAAUUAAUUUGUAAUAAAAAUAUGACUAUGAACUUGA